GAUAGGACUCUGGCUGUGUGUAGCUGGGAAUGUGAUAGGCCUGCGCCUACUUUCGCGCCUGUAUAGGUACUGUAAAGUCGUUUUUACUUCGGUCAAUAUCGUUAGAUCUUACGAUAAUGAUAAUACCAAUGAUACACCUAUAGGAUGUUUCUCAUGAGAAGACUGGGUUCCCUCUCCAAAGCAUGUAAGAACAUCAACCUGACAAAUCUAAAUGAAAGACUGACCAAAUAUCAUCAACACCCAGCUGUGAGCUUUAUAGCCUCGGGACAGUUCCAUGGGACCGCAGUCAGUUUCCGGGAACCACCAGAAGAUGCUGUGACGGUGCAAGAAGGAGACAGAAAAUAUGAACCCCAGUCCCCAUACAGAAGGAUGUGGCCCAAAAACUACCAGUUUGUCAGCAAAACAACAUUUGGACCCACCUUACCACGACUUGACAAAGAAGUUAAGAAACCUCUUCCAUACAAAUAUAAAGACAAAUGGUCUGAAAAGUCGGCAUUACAGGGUGCCAAUGACUACAUAGAUAUACUAGGAGAUGGCGACAUUCAUCCCGUGGAUCUCAUUAAGGGACCGCGAUAUCUGAUCGGCUUUAAUGCUAACGAGUUAGCUCGGCUCCACAGAAAGCUCAGAUUUCAGGGCAGAUACAUUGCUGAUAACUACCCUACCCAACUUGAGAAAAUUCUGAAGAGGAUUAGAUUUUUAACAAAAAAGUACAAUUACAAGAGAGGAAAGAGAGUGAGGAAGAGAUUUAAGUACCGCUAAGUGGUGGACCUGUAACUUUGUAAUAAAAUAUCCUAGUACACA